CAGACAGUUGUGCUUAAACUUUCCCAUCACUGCGCUGGUCCACAGCCUCCUCUAUAACAGUCUGGAGCACAGCCUCAGGCAGCAGAAGAAGAAGAGACACUGCCUAGCUCAGAUCACCUGGAGAACACUCACACAUCUCACAUCACGUAGCCUUUUCUGGCUUCCUUUUGCCUCAAUUCUGGUUGAUUCAGAAACUUUAAAUGAGUUCGGUGGAGAUCAGAAGAGAGAAGACGAGGAUUUUUUUUUUUUUUUGUAGGGAGGUGACAGAGCUGAUUUAGGGAAAUUUUUAAACGAAAGGAAAAGAAGACGUCAGCAUCUUGGGGUCACUGAUUGAUGUUGCUUGGCUGUUGUUUGGUUUUAUUUCAGUUUGGACACUGAAACUUUGUCAGUCUUUAAUUUCUGGGAGGACAGAAGCAAGAGGCCAGUCUGAGAAAAAGACAUCGUUGUUGGAGAAUUACAAGGAUGUUGUGUUCAAGGAGGAUACUGCAGCAGUGGUUUUUGGCUGUGUUUUUAUUGUGUUCUCCUGUGCUGCACUACGGCAGGCCCAUCGACGCCCUCAGCAACAGAAUGAAGCGGUCAGUGACGCAUGCCCAGCUGAUGCAUGACAAAGGCCGAACGCUGCAGGACUUCAAGCGGCGGAUGUGGCUGCAGGAGUUGCUGCAUGAAGUGCACACAGCCGAGCUCCGUGAAGUGCAGCAGCGUGGUGGAGUCAGUGGUGGAGGUGGAGGGAUCAGUGUUGGAGUUCCCAUGGGAGUGGGCAUGGGGAUCAGUCUGAGCCCAGGCACAGCUAACCCUAAACCCGCUGGAGGAACCAAGAACCUGCCAAUCAGCUUCAGCCCAGAAGACGAGGAGGGCACAAACCUACCACAGGAGACCAACAAGUCACAGAUAUACAAAGAUGGUGUGCCCAAGGCUGGGAUGAAGAAGAAGAAGAAAGGAAAAGCAGGAAAGCGGAGGGAAGGAGAGAAGAGGAAACGGAGAACCCGUUCGCUGAAAUGGCCAACGGCUAUCGAACCGGACAAUGGCUUCCAUCUGGAGCAGCGGAUACACAUGGCCCAGCAAGCAGCGGUGCACUAGAACACUGUCAGUCUCUGACAACGAAUUCCUAAGGACAUUGUACAUUAUACAUGGACGCCAAAAUGCUCAUGUUGCAGUAUUCACUGUAAUUGUGAGUCAGAAGAGUCGCUGGCGAAAAAAAUAUAUAUUUAUUGUGUGUAAAUAUUUUCAAUUAGUGAUAAAUGAGUAAUGCAGAUAAUGGGGAAACAUUAUCCCAUUGCUCUGUGGGGCUAUAGAGUUUCAUCUUUGUGAAUACUUCGCUUUUUUCUUUUUCU